AUGACUACUACCUCGGUCACUUGUCUAUGUGGACAUAUAGCAUUGUCCAUCCAGCUAGACCCUGCCACCGACCACACUCAGCUCCAGCUAUGUCAUUGCCACGACUGCCGGGCAGUGACGGGCUUGCUCUGCUCAUCGUAUUAUCUCUUGCAGGAAAGGCCUCCUGCCUUGGAUACUCUCCAGGAGUACCAGGAAUCCCCACACGUGAGCCGCUUCUUCUGUAGGACCUGCGGUGCGCAUGUCUUUGCCCAGUCCAAGCCCAGUGGGCGAUAUCUGGUUGCUUCUGGUGUGUUAGUAGAUGCAGAUACACCAGAAGUGCACUCCAUCCAGCACUGGAAGACUGGGGACACGGGAGAUGGUGGGCUAAGUGCAUAUCUCCCCCAAUGGCCAUCCACAGACAUAAGCUGUAGACUGGAGGCAGAACCAGUUCCGAUCGAAUCUUCCGAACAAGGAAAGUCUGCUAUAUCACAGACGCCACCGGCAUCCUGGAGUAGUAUGCAGGACGUGCACAAUCUGCAGGCACGAUGCCACUGUGGAGGCAUUGACUUCUUCGUCACACCUCCGGAUGAAUCGUCCACUCAGGCUUGGUCUCAGUGGCCUGAUCUCCUGGUCCCCUUCAACUCAGAAUAUGCUGAUCUAGACAACGGAGCCAAUGUGACAUGGUUCCUGCGAAAGGGAAAUACCAAAUAUUUGGCUGGGACCUGUGCCUGUGCUUCCUGUCGACUGCACAGUGGCUUUCCCAUUCAGGUCUGGGCCUUUAUUCCCAAAUCCAACCUCUUCAAUGCAGAUGGAUCUCCUCUGACAUUUGGCUCUGGCACCAUGAAACAAUACAAGAGUUCACCGGGAGUCUAUCGGGAAUUCUGCGAUCGUUGUGGUGCCACGGUCUUCUGGCAUAAUGAUGGACGGCCAACCGUCAUUGAUGUAAGUGCAGGAUUGAUCCGAGGGAAGAAUGCCCGAUCGGAAGAGUUGUUGGACUGGGCUACCGGGCGUGUCAGUUUUGCCGAAUUGGCUGUACAGAACGAUUUGGUAAAGAUGCUGGAAGAAGGCUUGCAACAGUAUGCAAAGCAGCAUGAGAAUGAUUAG